ACUCCAUCAUAAAAGUUGGAUCAAUACAUACGAAACUAUCUUAUUUUGUUUCCCCCACGAGAUUGUGUAUUUCGUCAUAGCAACGUGAGCAAGCUUACAUAAUACACUACAUUCCCCAGGAUGCAUUUCGUAUUCUAGUGACAUCCACGCUAGGAUGAGGCGAAGCGUUUGUUUUUGUCCCCUGAUUGUAAACUAACCGUCCUACACCUUGGCAGCCAAGUUCGAUUCCCCACGCGACGGCUGGCGCUCGAAUCAUUUCCGCUCCGGACUUGCCACCAGACCGGGAGGUAUUUUCUUCCCUCGCGGGGUUUUUCCACCAUGUUAUCAUCCGUCCCCAGCAGGCUAAUAGCGCGAAGGUCGCGCAGCCUAUCACCUUGCAGCCGCGUGCUCCAGACCAGCGCCACGGGCGGCGCUGGCCACGGCAUCCGCGAGACCCAAGCGGAGACCAACCGCAACCCCCUCGUGUCCACCUCGCGCGUGUCCAGGAGGGGCAUUUUGGCGGAGGAGGCGGCGAGUACCUGUGUGAAGCCUGCGAUGCAGUACCACCACCUCGCCCCUAGGUGGCUGUCGAACCUCGAGAACCGCCGCAGUUCAUGGGCUGCACUGGCCACCAGAGGGCGCAAUAAUAACCAGUACUGGGAGGAGAGCGGGCGGAAUGAAAGGGAUGGGGGCAAAAGUGCAGGCGGCGGGGCAGGACUGGCCUCUGCUGGGGUUCUUUCUGCUGCAGCUCUGGCCUUUUGCUUGAGGAAAGAUUCUGACAACAGCUCUUGAAGGAGGGCGUGGAUCCAAACCAUCGCCACCGUCUCGGCUGGACGGCUCUCAUGGUGGCCGCCAUGAACCGGCAGCACAGCGUGGUGAAAGUUUUACUGGAGGCCGGCGCCGACCCAAACACAGGCGAUGAGUUCAACAACGUUUAUGACACCUCGCGGGAAAAAGGCAUCCACUCGCUGGAAGUCCUGGUGUCCAGAGAGGACGAGUUCAGCAGCAGACUCAGCAGCAGGGCUGGAUUUCGAGGUUGCACGGCACUCCACUACGCCACCCUGGCGGAUGAUGCUCUCGCUGUCAGGAUGCUUCUGGAGGCGGGUGCCAACCCCCUGCAGACCAACGGUUUGGGCCACACCGCACGCGCCUACGCCAAGGAGGGCGAAGUGAGCACUGCGCUGCUGGAGUGGGAAGGCAAGUUCAAGGAGCUGCAGGCUCGGAGGGAGGCAGAAGAACGGAGGAAGUUCCCUCUGGAGAGGAGGCUGAAGGAGCACAUCAUUGGGCAGGAGGGGGCUAUCAAUACCGUAGCUUCAGCCAUCAGGAGGAAGGAGAACGGCUGGUACGAUGAAGAGCAUCCUCUCGUGUUUCUCUUCCUCGGCUCUUCGGGAAUCGGAAAGACGGAGUUGGCCAAACAGGUGGCCCGCUACAUGCACAAGGACAUCAAGAAGGGUUUCAUCCGCAUGGACAUGUCCGAGUUCCAGGAAAAACACGAGGUGGCAAAGUUCAUCGGCUCCCCUCCAGGAUACGUUGGACACGAGGAAGGGGGUCAGCUGACCAAGCUGCUGAGGGCGUGCCCCAACGCCGUCGUUCUGUUCGAUGAAGUGGACAAGGCCCACCCUGACGUGCUUACCAUCAUGCUGCAGCUGUUUGACGAGGGGCGACUAACCGACGGCAAAGGAAAGACCAUCGAAUGCAAGGACGCCAUCUUCAUCAUGACGUCUAAUGUUGCAAGUGAGGAGAUCGCCCAGCAUGGACUGCAGCUCCGACAGGAAGCUGAGGAGGUCAGUCGCAGGAAGCUGGCCGACAAACUUGAAGACGUACAGAAAGGAGACGACAUCAAAAUCUCUCGACAGUUCAAGGAAUCUGUGAUUCGGCCGAUCCUCAAGGCUCAUUUCCGGAGGGACGAGUUUCUGGGCCGCAUCAACGAAAUCGUUUACUUCCUGCCGUUCUGUCACUCCGAGCUGCUGCAGCUGGUCAGCAAGGAGCUCAGCUUCUGGGCCAAAAAGGCAAAGCAGCGCCAUGACAUCACCCUUCAGUGGGACCGGCCGGUGCUGGACCUGUUGGCGGGAGGUUACAACCUGCACUACGGAGCUCGGUCCAUCAAACACGAGGUGGAGCGGCGGGUGGUCAACCAGCUAGCCGCAGCGUACGAGCAGGAGCUGCUGCCCAAAGGCUGCACGCUGCGUCUAUCGGUGCAGUCGGACAGCCAGGAGGAGCGCAGCACCCCCAGUCUGCGGCUGGAGGUGCUGGGAGAAGACCGCUCGCCCAGAACACUGGACAUCCGCCCACCGCUUAGUCCUGAGCACUAACCUGCGGCUCAUCGCUAACAUUUCAAAAUAAAAGUUCCUCUGAAAGCAGAACAUGGUGGUGGUGUCGGUGAUUCACGCUUGACGUCACUUUUCUUCUGUCUGGACUGUAGCUGUAGGUCCUUUGCUCUGCUGUGGACGCUUGUCUAUGUUCAUAAUGUAAAACACUGAGUAUUUAUGAAAGAUUAACUUAAAGGUGGAGAAACUCGACUGUAGGAGAAGAGUUUGAUGAUUCCAUCAUUUACAUGUUUCACAUGGAAACACAACAAUGUUCAUUCAACUCCAUCAGAAAAAACAUCACAUUUUGCUUGAUGUUCCUCACUUUACUGUCUUUACGCUAAAAGAACCAAACGUUUGUUGCAUCACGAAUGUUCUUCAGCUGUGAUGGAGCAGCAUUCUUGUUUUCCGGCUUCUUUCCCUGUAAAUAAAGCCGUCGCAAAGCAAAA